AUGGGGUCGUGUAAUGAUGUAUUCGCUAAACCGAUGGUCGAUGAAGAUAAGUAUUUGAAGAAAUACAAGCAGCAACUGAUCGAGCUUGGCAAACAAAAUCUAUUACCAAACUUGAACACGAAGAUGAAGUAUAAAGUUUACUCGAUUCAAGGAAAGCGUUUUGGUUCCCACAAAUCCAUUGUUCUCACUACAAAUGACGAGCAAUUCGUCUCUGUUGAGCUUGGUUUCACCAAAAUUAAAGGUCAGAAACAUAUUUACCCAGUGACGAGGAAAGUUGACAAAGCUCUGAAGCCUAAGAUGGAAUACCUCGGAGAGAUCGAAGAGAGAGGAGAGGAUCUAAUUGGCAAAGCAGUUGCAGUGAUGAAACAUUUUGGGAGCUAUUUCAAGUAUCGCAACAACUGCCAGAACUUCUGCAACAUGUACAUGGAGGCCAUUGGAUUAAAACAAGCCCAAACCCUAACGGACGCGGAUAAAGCAGCGAUUAUUGCAAUAAUCGGUGGCAUCAUUGCAUUUCUCUUCGCCUUCAUGCGUUGACUUGAUGGAACUAUCAGAACCGCCGCAGGUCUUACUUGCAUUUCUUAAUUUCUUUCUGUUGUUUCUUGAUCUUUUAUCAUUUUCGUUUUAACAAUUACCGAGUUGGAACUUUGUGAUUAUCAUCACCAGGAACCUAAUUGAAACCGAUAGUAGUAACGGAAGAGGAUGUAGAUUUAACACCGUUGUAUAUUUUCAAGUAGUCAGCAAACUGACUUUUUGUCAAAUAUUCAGCAAAGUAGUAGUUAUAACAUGAUUUAACUCAGUUUUUCGUAUAGUUCAUUUCUAGUGAAACUGUGAAUUAUUUAUU